UGACCUAUUUGUUGCAUUGCUGCUUCCGCGUGUGUCACAUGGUAGGUCUGUGCGGAAGAGUCGGCAUGAUGGAGCACACAGCGAGCUGCAGAUCUCUUUCCACCAGGAGAGAGCGCUUUGACUGUCUGACGCAUGUGUACAGGUGUGCUCAGUCCGGAUCGCGUCCCAGUCUGAGUGCUGUCGAUUUGGCGGGUGUGAUAUUUUCCGGGGUGUGUGGACUGCCCGGUGCGGACAGAGAGUGCGCCCCUGCAGGGUAUGACCGUGACAUCAGUGUGGAGCUGACCUACAUCAGUGUGACUCUUGUGGAGAAGAUCACCUCCCGCCUGACGUGUCAGAGCUUGCCUCCUGCAGUCGCCUUAUACUUCGUGGACACCCUGACGGUGUUGUUUCAAGACAUGGAUCUCAUGUCACAACUUGUCCAUCACUUCCAGGCUGAAGACCAGGUCAUGUCACAUCUGGCAGCCAAGAGUGUAUCAACAUGUGUUUUCUAUCAUCUCCACAAAUCUGGUGCUGUCAGUCCUGUCUGGGAGCAGACGUGUGUGCAGGCAUUUCACAGCUCACCCCCCAGUACUGAGUUGGAUGCCUGUCUGUGGUCACUGACUGAGGUCUUAAAGAGACUUCUUAAAGGAGCUCAUCAAGAGAUCCUUGGGAAACUUCUGGCGCCUUUUGACUCCAGCCUCAGUGCUUUAUGUUCAAAGUUUCUCCCUGAAGAGGGGAAAGAUGCAACAUGGUGUUUGAUGGAUGUUACCAGCAGCAGACACGAGGGAACCACAUUCUGCCUCCUGUUGGACCUGCUGGAGGUGCUGACUGCAUCCGGUUUGAUAUGCGGAGCUGGUGCCUGUCUGCAAAGUCAGAGAUUAACCCACACUCACUCCUCGGCGCUCCUGACAGUUAUCAGCUGCUGUUCACAUUAUUUUGUCAAAAAGCGAGCGCUGCUGCUUCUAAAGAGAGCUGUUCUUCAGAGGGCUGGAGAGGACUGGGCCUCAGGAGAAAUGCUCCUCGCUGGGCUGAAAUAUGACCACUUCGACUCUGAUAUGAGCAGGCUGGCUCAGAGUGUGUUAACAGCAGUGGCUGCUAAUUGGUUACAUGGUGUUCAAGUGGGGUCCGACUCUUUCUUUGGGGGGACCAGACACUUUCGAGGUGAUGAAGGUCACAAACCAGACUGUGUGAUGCUUCGAGGUGUCAGCCUCCUUCUCCUCAAGUCCAUGGAGCUUGACAUCCAAACUGCUGGUGGAACAGCAGGAGUAGACAGUACCACACAGGUGUAUGGAUAUCUACAGAGUCUGUGGGGCUUCCUGAAGAGAUACAAUAUCCAACUGAUGGAGGUCACUCACCUCUGCUGCUGGGUCAGCCUGCUGUUUGGAGAACAGGAUGACGAUAUGAUGGAAGCAGCCAAAGCUUUGCUUUCCGUGUUCCUCCAUCACAGAAUGUGUUCUGGGUUGGAUGACUUUGCUGUGCUGGAGGCAGCCUGUGACUCCGGUUGCAACCCUCACUGUCACUUCCUUCUUCUCCUUCAGAGCAUCUCCUUCGACCACAGCAUCCUCCUCGACUUCCUCAUUUCCACCGAGACCUGUUUCCUGGAGUACUUUGUACGAUACCUGAAGUACCUCAGGACUGACUGGCAGGGCUUCAGUGCAGCAUGUUUGCGAAUCAGCGCGUCAGGCUGUCAUGUUUCACUGCGGAAGUCACGUACUACCUCAUGUGGUAGAGAUAGGUUUGCUCUGGCACAUAAACGUGAGCCAGGUCAAGUCAACUUCAGCUGCAGUGUCCAGCCCACAGGUGUUGCUUCACCAGUCGAAAAGGUCGGUUCGGCUGCUGGCCUUCGCCUUGUAGAGUACGGUAGCACUGACGAGUCUGAUCCAGAGAGCAUGGAUUCUCAGGAUGAUCCACAGACAUCCAUUUGUGAGAAAAAUAGAUUUAGUUCUGGGGAUGUGAAAGAGGAGAUUAGUGGACCAGCAGUGCGUAUCAGGCGCAAACAACCGGAAUCUUCUCACUCAACAGGAUUGCUGAGUAAGUCCACACUGGAAGGAAGAUCAGAAGAGACAUCACUGUUACAGACUGAGCAAACAUCAUGUCUAAACAUGGCAGCCCUGUCAGGACAUGUGACCUGUGAAACAUCAGCCAGAGCAGUCCGCUGCCUUUUAGAGCUCAGAGAGGUGGUGACAAGGCUGCAGACUAAAAAACUCUUCCCGUAUAACCCUUCUUCACUCUUAAAGCUCUUAGCACAAGUCUAGAACUGUUUUCAGGAUUUACAUCCCUUUUCAGUAAAUGAUAACAUAUCAAAUCA